CGGAUAUAGAGAAACUUUUGUGUGGCGGGACUUUCUCACAUGGUCGUAGCGAAAAAAUUGUGAAUUCGUGGUAGAAUUUUGGUGUAAAACCGACAACGCAAUGGCAAUGAACAGCGAUGAAGUGCAUGGACUGAAUGGCGACAUGUCAGUGCAAUCCACUCAUACCAAUGGUAACGCACUUACUACUCCUGUCAAGUCCGACUCAGCCUGCUGUGCAAACGGAGAUGCAGUUUUUCAAACUCCCAAGCAGAAUGGAACGAGUCGAAGAUCCCCAACCAAAACAUUCUCCUUUACUGCAGAACCCACCAUUGAAGACAUUCGGCGGAUGCAAGCGGAGUUCACAGACGAGAGAGACUGGAACCAGUUCCACCAGCCCCGUAACCUCCUCCUAGCUAUGGUCGGGGAGGUGGGCGAGGUGUCCGAGCUCUUCCAGUGGCGCGGUGAGGUCGCGGAAGGACUGCCCAACUGGACGGCUUCCGAGCGUGAACACCUAGCACAUGAACUCAGCGACGUACUCAUCUAUUUAGUUGAACUGGCUGAAAAAUGUCACAUCGAUUUACCCCAAGCAGUCCUGCGUAAAAUGGCUGUAAACAGGCUGAAGUAUCCGGCCAGCAAGGUUCAUGGCUCUGCGAAGAAGUACACUGAAUACAACGACUAAGCUGAUGACUGUUACCCUAACAACCUGCAUGCAUAGCACAUGGACAUAACUUCUACUGUUCUCUUUCAUCCGAUUGCUACGGCGAAUGUUUUGUAGCCAAUUUGAUGUCAAAAGUUGUUAGAAAUACUCAACUAUUACCUACUUUUGUGUUUAAAGUGCGUUUUAAGACAAUGUUUUUCUUUUAGGUUUUUAUUAAUAUUCAUCUUGACUGCUGACUUUUUCUCUCCAAACUGUUUCCAAAAGUCAAAUGCACGGGCUCUUAAGUCUUAGCUAGCUUUUUUUUUUAAUUCUCUGAGUAACCUUUUUAAAAAUAUAUACUGUCAAACUUGGUGGUUAAAGGCAUUCUUCCUUUUUUGCUUAAGAUUCAAUUCAUGUGUGCAACUUAAGCGAUUUUUCUUUCCUCACCCAAAGUAAAAGUUCCUUCAAUUAUA